UUGUUAUAUUCAGGGCAACAUGAGUGCGUUUCCAUCAUAAAUAAUCAUGUAACCAUAGACGAAAUUGAACGGCUGCUUUGCCCAAAAGUUGGAUCAGAAACCACCGAAGUGUAUCCUGAGCAUCUUGUCGUGUUCAUCCACAAGCUCUGCAGUUGGCAUCAGAUCCAUCCAGUGGCCGUAGCAAUGGAAUUGAGCGAUUACGCGGAUGCUGUUAAGUAUCAGAAAAAGGUUAUGUCGAUCAAACUUUGGAUCAUACUUUUUAUUCUCCGAGACAUCUACAAAUACAUAACGGAACUCAUAGCAAACGGCAGGACAGCACAUGACUCCUGUAUCAUCUAUGCAAAACAUCUGCUUACCUGGGAGCCUGGAGAGCAAGUGAGGAAAAACUUGGAACUUCUUCUCCGGAAUGCCUUGAAAGCGUUUCCCUAUCAUCAUUCGCUCUUAUAUGAAACACUAGUGAAGGCUAUGUCAAAUACACCUUUUGGACAGAGACCAACUGCUUUCGAAUACAUUGUACAGGGGCUUUUUGGUCAACGUCUUUUGAUGGCCAGUAAAUUUUGCGCUACGUGUGGCUCAUGCACUGCAAAGAAACGUUGCCCUAAAUGCAAGCUAUGUUAUUGUUCUGUGGAGUGCCAGAAGUUUGAUUGGCCUGUCCAUAAGUUGUGCUGUUCGUCAAUACGAGAGUGGAACACUGUUACCGAUGUUAGAGACACGAUUUCGCUUGAGGAUCUUCAAGCCACGAUCUCUGAGAUAGACUACUGAAA